GUCAAUUGUCGAAAAAAUCAUAACCUUAAAAAGCCGCGAAAGACGGAAUAGCUCUAAUAUUUUAAUUUUAUGAACUUACUUUCAAUAGCAUAUUAGAAAAAAAGUCGUUUAUCAUAUAGGAAACCUUAUAAAGAUGAAGAGUUUAUUGAAAAAGUGCGUUUCAUUUAAUAACACGUUUGCUAGGAUAAAUACAGUAAGAUUAGCUUCCUCAAAGAGUGAUGUCCAAAAGAAAGAAGAGGCUAAAAAUGUAGAAGAUAUUAAAGUAAAAACAAAUAUUGUAGUAGAAAAAUUUGGGGCGAUCACAACACUGAAUAUUGAUCGUCAGAACACACGCAACAGUCUUGAUGAAGCAACACUGAGAGAAAUGACUGAGGCCAUCAAUGCAUUUGACAAGGAUGCAGAGGCUAAAGUACUGGUGUUUAAUGGUGAAGGAGGAAGCUUUUGUUCGGGGUUUGAUCUGGAUGAGGUUGAGGAAAAAGGAUAUAAUACACUGAUUGAUGCGGCUGCGCGCUUUCGUCAUCGGCCCCUGUGCGUGAAGCCCACAAUAGCAGCAGUGUCAGGGUAUGCAGUGGGUGAAGGCUUCGAACUGGCCCUCGCGUGUGAUCUGCGUGUUAUAGAAGACACAGCAAUAAUCGGAUGCCUUGGAAGACGUUUUGGUGCACCUCAGAGCUUGUAUGGAGCCAGACGAUUGACAUCCCUCAUUGGUCUCUCCCGCGCUCUGGACCUACUGAUGACUGGGCGACCCAUUUCUGGUACUGAUGCCAACAUUAUGGGGCUGGCCCAUAAAUUAACCACUACAGGCACAGCUCUUGGUGAAUCAAUAAAACUGGCCAAAUCACUGGUCAAGUUUCCGCAGAAUGCCCUCAUAAUGGACAAGCUGGCGGCGGUCAACUCCCAGUUGAACCCCAAUAGUGAGGAGAGCAUGAGAGAUGAAGCUAUCAUGAACAGCCUGUUGGGAUCAGCACUGGAAGACCUUAAACAGGGGAUCAAGAAGUUCCAAGGAGGUAUCGGAAAACACGGAAAAUUUUAUAAGCUCUCAGAAGUACCGUUAAAAGACUGGGAACUUGAAGAGUCGUUAGAAGAAACCACCAUUAAACUCGAUGAUGAGAACAAGGACAAAAAAGCUUAGAAUCUUAUUUGCGCAGUAUUCAUCUAGUCCUAGAGUUUGUUUUAAUGGUAAUGUUGCUUUAAGUUUUGCAUCUCUAAUGUUAUUUAAUUGUUAAUUAAAUUAAAACCGAUUUACUAA